AUUAAACUAAUGUACAACAUGUUUUUUUGUUUUCACUUUCUUCCAUGUUUUGUCCCUAAUCUUGAAAUUAGGAUUUCCAAAGAUACAGAAGCUUCUUCUGUUUUCUUUUUCUGUUCAACCACAUUCUAUAUGUUGUGCUCUUUUACAUUAAUCUUCUCUUCUUCACCAUAAGUUUAUGGUUUAGACAUAAAAUUUUAGUUAUACUUCCUAAUUAAUUAAGAUUUAAGAGUUUUACGAUAUGGAAAUUGGCGGUAAUCUUGAAGUAGAUGUCAAUGGCCAACACAUUUUUUGGGUGAACAAGGAAAUCUUAGCACAAUUUUCUACUAAGUUGAGCAACUUAUUUGAAAAAAGGAGCAAAAAUGGAAACAAAGACAUGAAAAUAAUAUUCCAAGACUUUCCGGGUGGGCCGGCAGGUUUCGAGCUUAUUACAAGGUUUAUCUACAACAAUGGUGUCCUUGACGUAAGUUGUUCAAAUGUAUUGUUUCUAAACCACGUAGCCAAAUAUAUGGAAAUGAACAAAGAAGUUUCUAGAAGGUUUAGUUUGAUCGAUCAAACCGAGAAGUUUCUAGAAGGAAUCGAGUUUUGGGCAUGGACCGAGCUCUUACUAGGGUUAAUAGACGGCCAACGUUUAUUACUCGAAAUCGAGCAAGUUUCUUCGGUUCGAAGAUUAGUAGGUGAGGUUGUGGAACGGGUUGGAUCGCGUUGUUUAACAACCCCUUCUUCGCUUUCUUCAAAGUGUUCGAGUUUUCGAUCUUCUUAUGAUUCUAAGAGCACUCUGAGUAGUACUAAAAGUGGUUAUUCUCGUAUGUUUUGGUGGUUCGAGGAUCUUUCAUGUCUUAACAUCGAUUUAAUUGACAUGAUCGUGAGGAAAAUGGUAUCAGAGAAAUUCGACCCUCUUACAGUAAGUAAGUUCCUCUUCCACUACCAAAAGGUUAGGGUUCUGGGAACGUCAAAUAUCGUCGUAAGGGCUAAAAUUGUCGAAAAAAUAAUCGACCUACUUUCUCUCCUUGAUAAGAGAAGUAUUUCCAUCAAAGGGUUGUUUGAGACCUUAAGAAUAGGUUCAAAUUUGAUUCUAAGGCAACCUUACAAGAAUCAAUUAGAGAUUUUAAUUGGUUUGCAACUCGAUCAAGCUACAUUAGACGAUUUAAUUCUUCGUUCUCCACCGAAGAAAACAAAGAGAUGUACAAUGUAUAAUGUUGAUCUUGUACUAAGGUUUUUGAAGAAUUUUCUCCUAGACGGGAACAUCAGUCAUAAGCUUUGCUCAUAUCGAUUGAAAAGAGUAGCGAGGUUGGUGGAUUAUUUUGCUAGUGAAAUUGCACCGGAUUAUCGAUUGAAACCCUCCAAGUUUAUUGCACUUAUCAUGGUGAUCCCGGAUUCUGCUCGUGACUCUUGUGACAAAAUAUGUCAAGCUAUUGAGAUCUACCUUGAGGUUCAUCCAAGACUCAAUGAAGAACAAAAGAUGAAUAUUUGUGCGGCAUUGAACUACAACAAACUUUCAUCACAAGUACUUAGUCGGCUCUCUAGAAACACUAGCUUUCCAUUGGUAGCGAUUGUACAAGCCUUGUAUCAUCAAGAUCCUACACUAAAAAGCUCUGUUAAGGAUCCGAAUCAUCGGAAAUUGCUUAGGAGUUUGGGCUGUAAGAGUCGUGAAGCGAAAGCGUUCAUGUAUAGGGAUGAGAUUCCGGUGAAAGAAUUGGCGAAGAACGAGAUGUUUAGAGUCCAUCUACAAGAAAUGGGAUGGACAAUUUUAGAAUUGGAAAAUAUGUUUGGUAAGUUGCAAACUCAUUAUGUUACAAAUGUCAUGACACCAAAAGUUUGUUGUGUACAUAAUGUUAAACAUCUCCCUAAGCUUUGUUCAUAAUGGGAAGUAUUUGUAACGUACUAAUUAAUGUAUAUUACUACAUCAUUUUAGUUAACAUUUAUGGCUUGAACCCAUGAAAUGAAAAUUAUCUC